AUGCCCCGAAUCCUCAUCACCGGGGCAGCAGGCAUGAUCGGCCCUCUCCUUGCAGAGCGUCUGCUCCAAGAACCACAAUACGAAGUAAUCCUCACCGACAUAAUCACACCUCCUAUCCCCACAAAGGCAAAAUACCCCCAAAACGCUACAACCAUCCAAGCAGACCUCUGCUCUCCCACAUCCCUGCAAUCCCUCAUCUCCCAAUCCCUCCCCCUCGACGCAAUCUGCAUCUUCCACGGCAUAAUGUCCGCGGGCUCCGAAGCCGAUUUCGCGCUCGGCAUGAACGUCAACCUACGAUCCACGCUCGCACUGUUGGAAAUCCUGCGCGAGAGCAAGAAAGAAGGCGAGAAGCCGCUUAGAGUGCUAUACGCGAGUUCGCAAGCCGUGUACGGCCAGCCGUUGCCGGCGGUCAUUGACGAGAGCGUGAUGCCGACGCCAGAAGGCAGUUACGGGGCGCAGAAACUAGUCUGCGAGACGCUGCUGAACGACUAUACACGCAAGGGGUACGUGGACGCGCUGUGUCUGCGCUUCCCGACGAUAAGCGUGAGGGGCGGGAAGCCGACGCAGGCUGCGAGUUCGUUUCUGAGCGGCAUGAUUCGGGAGCCAUUGAAUGGGCAGGAGUGCGUGAUCCCGUUGCGCGAUCGUGCGUUUAGGAGCUGGUUGUGUAGUCCGCGGACGCUGAGGGAGAAUCUGGUGCUGGCGCUGGGGUUGGAUACUAGUGGGAUGGAUAGACAUAGGAGGGUGGUUAAUAUGCCGGGGAUUGGGGUUAGUGUGCAGGAGAUGAUGGAUGCGCUUGCGAGGGUGGCGGGGGAGGACAACUUGGGGUUUUUGAGGGAGGAGACGGAUGUGGGGAUGGAGAGGAUUUUGAGGAGUUGGGGCACGGAGUUUGAUAAUAGUUUGGCUUAUGGGUUGGGGUUUAGGAAGGAUGUUAGUUUUGAGCAGGCGGUUAGGGACUAUGUUGAUAGCUUGAAAGGCUUUUACCACAUUCCAAUCACAAUGUCAUACCCCAAGAUGGAAGACAACCGCGCCGUGAAGAUGCUAAAGGCAGCUGAAGAAGGCGGAUACGGCGUCGUUGGAGUAGUUUCAUACAACCUCGAAACAAUAACCGCCGUAGUCCGCGCCGCCGAAAAAAAGCGCUCCCCCGCGCAAAUCCUCCUCUUCCCCUGGGCACUCCACUACUCGCCCCUACUAAUCCACCUGGCCGCCGCCGCCGUGCGCACCGCCAGCGUGCCCAUCGUGCUACACCUAGACCACGCGCAGUCCGAGGCCGAGAUCAUCGCAGCGUCCGCGUACCCCUUCGACAGCAUCAUGGUGGACAUGUCGCACUACGAGAAAGCGGAGAACCUGGAGAAGACGCAGCGCAUUACGCGCAUGCUACAUGAGAAGGGCAUUGCGACGGAAGCGGAGCCGGGCCGGAUUAACGGCGGCGAGGAUGGGGUGAAGGAUACGGGGGAUCUGGAGGGCUUGCUUACGACGGCUGAGGAGGCGCUGGAGUUUGUGGGGACGGGGAUCGAUUUCCUGGCGCCGGCUUUUGGGAAUGUGCAUGGGAAUUAUGGGGGUGUUGAGAAUAUCAAGUUGGAUUUUGAAAGACUUGAGAAAAUCCAGGCAGCGACGAAAGGAAAGGCGCAACUGGUCUUGCAUGGUACAAAUACCUUCCCAGACGCAACGAUGCAGGGGUGUAUCAAGGGGGGGAUGACGAGGUGUAAUCUUAAUGAUUUGGUGCUGCAUAAAUAUAGUAAAUACGUGGCGGAGAACACGGGUAAGGUGCCUCUCACAGAGUUGAUGGGGACGGGUACGGAUCUGAUCCAGGAGUUGAUUGAGUAUCAGAUGGAUAUCAUGGGAUCGACUGGGAAGGCGUAA